AUGGACCACACGCCGCUUGCUGGAGACAGGUGUCUGGACUCUGAUCCCAUCUUCUCUUCGUCUCCAGGGUUCGGCACUCCGGUACGUCCUUUACGAAAAUCGAACCUUAAUGCUCCCGUCGCGAGGAGCUCAGUCUUGCCAAUUCUACUUCCACCCUCCACGCUUCGACCUGUAGCUUUCCGUACUUUCACCAGGAAGCACAACUUGACCAUCUCAUCCUCAGCACUGCAGACUUUGGCUUCCUUUGUAGGAAAACAUUGCGGCUCUGGAUGGCGCGAAGAAGGCCUUGCGGAGCGCGUCUUGGAUGAGGUAGCUAAAAUCUGGAAAAAGGCCGGGGCGGCAGGGGCCUCACUGAAGGCUAUUUUGAUGACCUUAGAGGGCAACAUGAGUGGAGGAAGGGUAGUUCCUGCGAAAUCAAACGCAACAAGAGAAGGACCGAUAGAUCUGAAUGCCCUCAAUUGUGAUGCCAGGCGACCGAACCCACACUUGUCUCCAGACCCAGCAAUCAACGAUGAGGAACAUGACGACUUGGACUUAUCAUUACACCCAAGAAAUUGGAUCAAGAUUGUUGAGGCAUUCGACAUGCCGCGCUUGACUUACAACGUCGACAAGAAGUACUUCGAAUUAACAAAGUCAAAGGCUACAUUGUUCCCGCAGGCUUCACACAAGACUAGUGUAUUCAGAGACCGUUAUAACAUUGUUCAUCAGCGCCUACUCCGGAAUGAGACAUUUCAAUCAUCGUUGAGUUAUUCCAGAGGCCACUCCCUGAAGAGGUCGUCAUCCUCAUUCGCUCCCACUCAAUGUUAUAGGUUGACGCCGAUUGCAAACUUGCUUGGAAGAAGUGGCACGUCACACCUGCUUCUAGGAUUACUCUCUAUAUCACCCGCAGGUGAUCUCUCCUUGGUCGAUUUGACAGGUAGCGUUGCGCUAGAUCUGAGUCAUGCCCGGACGAUACCAGACGAUGGUGCUUGGUUUGCUCCCGGAAUGAUAGUCCUCGUCGAUGGAGUCUAUGAAGAAGAUGGAAGCGUGCGAGGAUCAGUCUUAGGUGGAAACAGCGGAGUCGGUGGCUCCAUUGGGGGUCGAUUUGUGGGUGUAUCAAUUUGCGGACCUCCAUGCGAACGACGGGAAGUAUCACUGGGAACCAAUCACCAGCACAGCAACGGAGAGAUUAGCUCUAGCGGAGGGUUUGGAUGGGUCGACUUUCUAGGGAUCGGGAGUGAACGCGCACAAGGCUCACGAAUGAGGAGAAUCCAGGCCAAAUGUUUGCGAGGUGUGCACGAUGACGCGGAUUCGCCCGUACGACUGAAAGUGGCUAUCAUGAGCGAGGUUAAUCUUGACAACUUCAAGUCGCUUGACGCGCUGAGGAAGGUUUUCGGUACAUAUAGUGAGCUUUCGCCCACAGAACGCCCAAUAGGCUUUGUCGUGAUAGGGAACUUCGUCCAGAAGGCCACAAUCAACGGAGGCGGCCAUGCUGGCAGCAUCGAGUACAAGGAGUACUUUGAUUCACUCUCCAUUGUACUAGCCGACUAUCCUGAACUUUUACGACACUCUACUUUCGUCUUUGUUCCUGGGGAUAAUGAUCCAUGGUCGUCUGCUUUCACAGCGGGCGCUGCCUCGACAGUACCACGUCAACCAGUUCCGGAUAUGUUUACGUCGAGGGUAAAGCGUGCGUUUGCAUCGGCAAAUUCAGAGUCGGGGCGAUCGCAAGCUUCCGAGCCUGCCGGCGAAGCUAUCUGGACCUCCAACCCAUCGCGUCUCACCGUCUUUGGGCCCUUGCAUGAUAUCGCCAUCUUUCGAGAUGACAUAACAGGAAGGCUGAGGCGGAACGCAGUGGCUACUAAGCAAGGCGAGGAUGAGUGUGAUUCGGCAAUUCCACAAGAUCCGGAAACCGAGGCUGGUCUUGCCACGGCUGGUAAUGAAACUCAUGCUCAGGCCCAUCCGGCAGAUGCAAAAGCACAGCAAUCUUUUUCCAGUGUGCACACGGCACGAAAACUAGGAACGAUGUCCCCAUUUCCGCUAUCAAUGCGACCUGUCUUGUGGGAUCAUGCAGCAUCGUUGCAACUGUACCCAUUGCCGACAGCGUUUAUUUUGGCGGAUCCUGAAGUAGCACCAUUCUGUAUGACCUACGAAGGAUUCAUCUCUGAAGAAGGAUCGACAUGUAUGAGAUGGGUUGAGUUUGAUAUAUUGAAAAAUCGAGGGCGUGUGAAAGAGGAGCGGCUAUAG